AUGUCUGUCACGCUUCACACGACUCUGGGCGACAUCAAGAUCGAAGUCUUUUGCGAGAGCGUCCCCAAGACAGCCGAGAACUUCCUCGCCCUCUGCGCCUCCGGCUACUACGACCAGUCGCCCUUCCACCGCCUCAUCCCCAAGUUCAUGGUGCAGACGGGAGCGCCCGCCAAUCCGACCGCCGAGAACCCAAAGGGCGGCCAGUCCAUCUGGGGCGCCCCUUUCGAAGACGAGAUUCGACCCGCCCUGCGGCACAGCGGCAGGGGCAUCGUGUCCAUGGCCAACAAAGGGCCCGGCACCAAUGGCUCGCAGUUCUUCAUCACCUUUGACAAGGCGCCCCAUCUCGACGGCCUCAACACCGUCUUUGGCAAGGUCAUUGGCGACGAGGGGCUGGUGACGCUCGCCAAGAUGGAGGCCGUCGAGGUGGACAAGAAGAGCCGUCCCAAGGAGCCCUUUCGCAUCGAAAAGGUGACUAUUCAUGCGAAUCCGCUUGCUGGAUAG